CAGCAGACGACAGCCUCGGAUUGAGACGAACUACGCGUGUAGCCAAGGUGGAAGAACGCUUGCGUUCAGGCGGACUUUGGACCAUUGUCUAAAGUUUCUGCGAUUUUCAUAACAGAUUACCAUGACACGGUGAAGCAGCUAAAAUAGUUUAUGAGGAUUUUUGGCUUCAUGAGUCUCGAGCGGGCUAACCGCCGUUUGAGACACCUUCAGGCUGUCAUUAAGCCUGCAUGGAGAGAAUCGACUGCAGAUUUACAAGUCAGAUGGUGCUCCUCUGAGUCAGGUUCAAAGAGAGUCAGCAUAGGUGAUGUUUCAAUUCAAGUGAAAGAUCCUAAAGCACCAGAACUUGUUCCUAGGAAAUAUUACAAGAAGGAACUUCCACAAACUGUUCUUCGACAUUUGAGAUGGAUUAUGCAAAAGGAUGCCUUGGGACAGGAUAUUUUUCUAAUAGGACCACCAGGACCAUUUCGUCGGCAAAUUGCUUUGAUGUAUUUGGAACUCACCAAACGUGAACAUGAGUAUGUGUCAUUGUCAAGAGAUACAACAGAGUCUGACCUCAAACAGAGGCGUGAAAUACACGUAGGCACAGCAUACUAUGCAGAUCAAUGUGCAGUCAGGGCUGCACUGGAGGGUCGUGUUCUGCUGCUGGAAGGGGUGGAAAAGGCAGAGCGGAAUGUCCUUCCAGUUCUUAACAACCUUCUAGAGAACCGGGAGAUGCAGUUGGAUGAUGGGAGGUUUCUUGUUGCUGCUGAACGCUAUGACAAGCUUUUGGAAGAGCAUUCUAAGGAAGAGUUAGAUGCCCUUAAACUUGUUCGGGUCAGUGAAUUCUUCAGAGUUAUAGCCCUUGGGUUACCAGUUCCACAUUACCAAGGCAAUCCAUUGGACCCACCUCUUCGGUCUAGGUUUCAGGCAAGGGAUGUCUAUCCAUUGCCAUUUAAGGAAAUAUAUGCUUCAUUACAACAACAAGCAUCUCACCUGCCAUCUGACAGAAUAUCACAAAUCCUUUCUUUUGCAACCACCUUACAACAGAGAGAGUCAGAAUCAAUUGGUCUGCCUGACUUUCCCAUGGACAACUUACCUUACAUAGUCAAAUUACUGGAUACAAUCCCAGAGCUUUCAUCAUAUAACUUGCUGCAACGACUGUAUCCUUUCAAUCUUAUGCUGGGGAAGGAGGGCAAAACUGCAGUCUUGGACGCGUUGGCUAAAUUUGAGCUGGUAGACACAGGACAGACAAAAGGUGGAGUUGGCAGCAUCCGAAAAGACUCAAAGAAUGCACAAGCUGAAAUCAGUGUUGGGAACAAAAAAUAUGACCUUACAGUAUCUGCUGGACACUUGACAUCUGCUCCACUGGGACGAGAUGGAACAUUUGUACCUACAGGAUACCACGAUGCGUUUCUGUCAGAGAUGCUGCAGUCUCACCUGGUCAAAGAUUUCUGCAUCAUUGGACCAAGGGGCUGUGGUAAGACAGUAGUUGUGAAGCAGUUUGCAGACAUGUUGGGCUACCACAUUGAACCCAUAAUGCUGUACCAGGAUAUGACUUCAAGAGACCUACUUCAGCAAAGAACCACCCUGCCAAAUGGUGAUACUGUGUGGCGGCCAGCACCCCUCAUGACAGCAGCAGUAGAAGGUAGUUUGGCUGUUUUGGAUGGUGUACACAGGAUCAAUCAAGGUUCCUUCUCAGUCCUUCAUAGGCUGGUGAAUGAGCGAGAGGUGCAGUUGUUUGAUGGGACACGCCUUCUGAGUGAAGAACGUUUUGAGGCUGUCAAAGAAGAGACUGGUUUGACCAAUGACCAACUAGCUGAGAGAAACAUUUUUCCCAUCCAUCCUUCCUUCCGAAUUGUGGCGCUUGCUGAACCACCUGUUGUAGGCAGUAGUAAGCAGCAGUGGUUAUCACCCGAGAUGUUGACUAUGUUUCUUUAUCACCACAUGCGCCCCCUUUCACGCGAUGAAGAGUACAAUGUCAUUGUCAAUCUGGUGCCUGGCAUGCCAGAUAUGAGUAAAGUGUUUGACUUUGUCCACAAACUUCGAGACUCACAUGAUGGGACACUCAAUUCCUUAGCUUCAUCAAUGUCUACAAGACAACUUCUGCGAAUUGCACGACGUAUGUCUAAAUACCCAAGUGAAGACCUAUAUGGCAUGAUACACAAGGCUUGUUUGGCCAGAUUUCUUCCACGACUUGCUCACUCAGCACUGGAGCAAACACUGACUGAGAUAGGGAUAGUGGCUGCUAAGGUGGAGUCUACUUUGGAGGAUUUCGAGAGGGCAGUUACAUGUGAAGUAAAGGAUGGAAUUUUAAGAGUAGGGAAUACCUCUAUCCCCGUCUACAAUCCAGACAACAGAACAAAAGUUCCCAACAUCCUUUUUUAUGAAAAUCCUCAGCACCUUAGUGUGAUGGAAGAUAUGAUGAAAGAUUUUACUCUUGGAGAGCAUCUGUUGCUGGUUGGGAAUCAAGGUGUUGGCAAGAACAAGAUUGUUGACAGGUUUUUGCAGCUGCUAAACAGACCACGAGAAUACAUACAACUUCACAGAGACACCACUGUUCAGACCCUAACACUGCAGCCUACUGUCAAAGAAGGCAUUAUCAUAUAUGAAGAUUCUCCACUGGUAAAAGCAGUAAAGUCUGGCAAUGUUCUAGUGAUUGAUGAAGCAGACAAAGCCCCCACUCAUGUUACUUGCAUACUGAAAACUCUUGUGGAGUCUGGAGAAAUGCAUUUGUCUGAUGGGCGCCGUAUUGUUUCAUCAACAUCUGGCAUCAAGCCAAGUGACACUGUAAUUGUUUCUCAUCCAGACUUUCGCAUGAUUGUCUUAGCAAAUCGACCAGGUUUUCCUUUCUUGGGCAAUGAUUUUUUUGGUGCAAUGGGUGACAUUUUUAGCUGUCACGCAAUUGACAAUCCAGAUGUGGAAUCUGAGAUGGCCAUGCUGCGACAAUAUGGACCUCAUGUUCCAGAGGCUACAUUGCAUAAACUUGUCCUUGCCUUUGGUGAGUUGAGAAAUAUGGCUGAUCAGGGAUUGAUCAGCUAUCCAUACUCCACUCGUGAAGUUGUCAACAUCGUCCGUCAUCUUGAGAAAUAUCCCAGUGAGGGCCUCACAACAGUGGUUAAGAAUGUGUUUGACUUUGACCAGUAUAACAAGGAACUAAAGGAGACUUUGAUUGAAACAAUGCAGAAACAUGGCAUUCCUCUUGGUGCCUCCCAAGCUUCUAUAGCUCUUGCCAAAGAACUGGAGCUGCCAAAGUUUGAGGUAGUUGGAGAGUGGACAAUUUCUAGUCAAGGUCUUCGGCAGAAAACAUCGCUCAUGAUGUUGCCCACGGUAACCAAAAAGCUACAGAUUAAGGGUCCAGUGCCCUUAUAUGUUGAAAGCAAGAAACUGGAGCGCACAGAGACCAGGGCAUCUGUCUUCACAGAGCAAGAAGCAUACUGGACAUUGCCUAUUGAUGAGAGUAAUGUUGUCUGUGACUUGGAUGUCAGCAAAGCUGGAGAGCGAAGCCCUGGCCAAAACAAGCAUGACAUCAUCUAUGUUGCCACAGCCAAUCCCAUAGGUCUGUAUUGCAUCAACCCCUUCAAGAGCACAGCAAAUUACAUAGAUCUGUACGAUGUUUUCCCUUCUACCAGUGGAGGAUAUCGCCCACGUGUCAAAAUUCUUGCCCUUGCAGCACCACUGGAUGACUGCAUUGUCUUGCAUGAAGAGGUGACCAAUGUAGUUCUAAUGGUCAACAUGGACAGUGGGGAUGUGACUCGACUUCUAAGCGAUAGCUUGCCAGAAACACCACCAGAAAAACGCCGUUUCACAACUGUUAUGCCACAGGUUAAGAAUCCUUUCAGGAUGUGCACAAAGGCUGGUUAUGAUCCCAAGGGCACUGUACUCUUCUUUAAAUUAAAUGAGGGGAACGUGGAAGUGCUGAACAUACUGGAGGGCUUAUCACACUCUGUUUCUCUCCCCAUUAAGCUACAAGCCUGUCAUAACAUCGACAUCUCCAAAUGGCUACUGAUUGAAGCAGAUUCAAACCAAAAAUACCUCCUGGAUCGAAAAGCUGAAGAUGAAUUUAUUCUUCAACCAGUCACAGAAACUGGAGAUUAUGGUAACAUGCGGAUAAGCCAAGUGACUACGACACCAAUGUCUCAUGAAUCUCUGAGCCUUGCACUAGAGAAGAACAUCAGCUCUCCCAACCGCAUUGUAGUCACACCUAACAGUUACGCAUCAAUCCUUGUUGGAUUUCCAGAGCUGGGAACUGUUGAAGUUUAUUCUGCAUUGAGAGAUCCUUUGCCAGAGACCAGUGAUGACAAAAAGUAUGAUCCAUUCUCUGGUUUCAUCAGCAAACCUGCAGCACCAAAUGCUGGCCGCUCCAUAUCAUACUUGCCAAAGUCUGGGCAAGUCGUACGUGCACUGCCUGCAUGGAAAGUGCCAAAGACUAUUGUAUCAGAAGCUUCCAAAUCGUCGGAACUUAGUGGAUACCUGGAAGUUGCUGAUCUCCCCAUUCGAAAGCUGCGGUACAUUCCUGUACCUGGAUCUCGUCAUGUGUCUCCAUAUAUCUCCUGGCUGAUGAGUGCUUCUGAAGUCAGUGUCUUUAUAGCACCUCUGAGUGAUGAUGGGCUCGUUUCAGUUGAUGUGGGGGGCUGUGUUCGAACAUGGGAGACAUCUGUUGUCAACUUGAAGCGUUCUCUUCAAGAGUGGCGCAAUAUGAUUGGUUAUGAAGACAGUAGACCUUUACAGGUGAAUGAAGAAAGAGAGAGUGGUAGAGAUCAUGAAAAUAUUGACUUAAAGCAUGGUCAAAUAGACCCUCAGAACAUGCCUCAUGUUGGAGGAGGUAACUGGGCAGGUGGUGUAGGUGGUAGUAAUACAGCAGGCCUUGGAGGGUUUGGAGGACCUUACAGACUGGAUGCUGGCCAUCAAGUGUUUCAGGUGCCACAAUGGGAAAAAGAUGCUGUGCCAGAAUCGGUACGUCAGGCUGCUCGAGAGAUGGCACAAAAAGCAUAUCGUGAAAGGCUCAGAGAAAUCGAGAUGAGUGAGUUUGAUGGUGAGACAUAUGAGAAGUUUUCCUCCAGUGUUCGUCGGCAAGUACAGAGUCUUCGGGUGAUCCUAGACUCUUUGCAGGCAAAAGGCAAAGAGCGGCAGUGGUUGAAAAAUCAGGCUUAUGGGGACCUUGAUGAUGCGAAAUUGAUUGAAGGACUGACAGGAGAAAAAUCUGUCUACAAGCGUCGUGGUGAAAAGGAACCAGAGAUGGGAACUCCUCAAGAGCUGCCCAAAAGACUGCGUCUGGUGGUGGAUGUGUCAGGCAGCAUGUAUCGGUUCAAUGGUCAUGACUCUCGCCUUACUCGUGAAAUGGAGGCCACGCUUAUGAUGAUGGAAGCUUUUGAAAACUAUGAAAACAAAAUCAAGUAUGACAUAUAUGGUCACUCUGGUGAAACAUCUGCAGAACCUAUUGUCAAGGCUGAUAAGCCCCCAAAAAACAACAAAGAAAGAUUGAAUGUCUUGAAAACAAUGCAUGCCCACUCUCAGUUUUGCAUCAGUGGAGACAACACUCUGGAGGCUGUCAAAGAUGCCAUUGAGAAAAUUGGAGAGGAGGAAGCUGAUGAACAUUUUGUCAUUCUUUUAAGUGAUGCAAACUUUGACCGCUAUGGAAUUCGCCCUUCUCGCUUUGGUGAAAUCUUGACAUCUAAUGAAGAUGUGAAUGCCUAUGCGAUAUUUAUCGGGUCCCUUGGUGAUCAGGCAGUUAGAUUAAAUAAACAGCUUCCCAUGGGCCAUUCCUAUGUCUGCAUGGACACCAGGAAUCUCCCCAUGAUCCUUCAACAGAUCUUCACUUCAACAAUGCUGAGUUGAUGUCACCAUUCUAUUCAACCCCUCCUUUAGAAUAUUAACUAUAAAAUAGUUAUUGCUUUUGAAGUAUCAGCUUUUAUUUUUCUUGAGACUGUUAGUGUGUCAGGGGGUGGAGACAAAACGCGAAAGGAAUAUUUCAAAAUCAUUCAGAUCAGUUUAAAAUUUCAAAUUUUACUGCUCUUCUUUUUUUUUCUCUUACUGCAUUUUGCAGAUACACAUUACCUCAAGAAAGCAAGCAGUAAAGUGUAUUGGUUGUAAUAUUUCUCAUGUGACAUUCAUACUGUUUCUUUUCCAAGUAUUUUAUUUAUUAUUUUUUAAUUGAGAUGCUGUUUGAAGUGGAGAUUGAAAUUACAACUGACCAUACAAGGGAUACAAAUGCUUUAGCAUCUUCUUUUGGUUCAAGAAACUUUUAAAAAAUUCCUUUUCAGUUACGUGAUUAUGUAAUCAAAAACCAGUUUGAUGGUCGAUCUCUUGACAAACUUAUUACCUGUACUUUGGAGACCUGUGUAAGUGCAUAUAUGAUGUGUAUCUGUGUGUGUUUGUGUGUACAUUGAUGCACAAUAUCUGUAUAACUUGUAUAUUACUCAAAAAAUGAAAGGUACUCUUUUUUUCAAUUGCUGUGCUUUAUUACUUUUGGGAGGGCUUAAAGAAACAUUUCUACCUCUCGUGUAGACAGAAAUAAACAAGAAAGAUGUAGCAGAAUAAGUACGUGGUAAUAAUAAAUCCUCUUGGGACUUGAA